AUGGCACCGGUACUCACAGCCGAGCAGCUCCAGCAAUGGGAGGACGACGGAUACCUCGUCCUUGAGGGUUUCUUCUCCCCCGCGGAGACCACCGAGAUGCUCGACCGCGUCCACAAGCUCCUCAAUGAGUUUGACCUCGAGGGGCAUCCGCUCACAACGUUCCGUACUGAUGAGGACAAGGAGGGUCAUAUCGGCGAUGAGUAUUUCCUCGGCUCGGGCGAUAAGAUCCGAUACUUUCUCGAACCCUCGGCCGUCUCGCGCGCAACUCCCACAACUCCCGCCUCUCUCGUGGUCCCGCGCGAACGCUCCGUCAACAAGAUAGGUCACGCCCUCGCUGUGCUCGAUCCCGUGUUCCACAAAUACACGUUUGAGGACCCCCGGAUCAAGCAGGUGGCUCAAGACAUGGGCAAGAAGGAUCCAAGGGUGUUGCAAAGUAUGGUUAUUUGCAAGCAGCCAAAGAUUGGCGGUUCUGUGCCGUGUCAUAACGACUCGACGUUCCUUUACACGGACCCACCUACUGCUGUGGGAUGUUGGAUUGCGCUUGAGGCGUGCACGCCUGAGAAUGGGUGUCUGUCGUUCCUCCCGGGCUCGCACAAGAAGGUCCGUAUCAGCUCGCGCUUCGUCCGCGCCUCUGCAGGGGGCACGACAUUCGAGACCGUUCCCGGCGUCGAGCCGAACGAAGAGAAAUGGGACGAGCUGGACGGGUGGAAAGAGGCGCCGGUUGGUCCUGGAGCGCUCGUCCUGAUUCACGGCAGCGUCAUGCACCGUUCUCCGCCAAACCCGUCAACCAAGACGCGAAUGAUUUACACUUUCCACAUGAUUGAGGGCGGGGCAGAGUAUGAUGCCAAGAACUGGCUGCAGCCCACGUCCGAGAUGCCCUUCCAGCGUCUUUACGCUUGA